UNNACCAACCCCCUGCACCCUUAUGCAACCUUCAACCACGCCGGUGGAGAUCGCGCAGAUCUUCGCGCGUUAGCACUUUGUCAAUGCCUCACAGCUGGAGCAAAGNCGGCUCCCUGCAUGCGACUCCAAAAGCGCCAAAACUUGACUCCUUCUGAGAGCUUCUUCGGCANNAAUGCUGUGUUGCCAACUGUCGUCAGACACAUUGAUUGUUCUCUACCCUCCACCACCAGCAGUGAUCGACUUCGAUGUCCAAUGUUGAUCAGAGAAUGUUGUCUAGAAAUCCUCCAGAUUCGUCGUGCCGUGCGACACAUUCCAAGACGUCUCGUCCAUAUUCCUACACCACGAAAGACAUGUUUCAUAAGGAAAAUCCUGACA